AUAGUUCAAAUUUGGUUAUCCACGUGUCAACUAAUGUUAAACAGAAAUAUAACUGCCGUCCUCCCUUUGUAACAUGAAAAGAAACCCGAAACCCAUUAUCACUGUUCCAUUCAUCAACCUCCACUCCCCCACCGUUGGCUAACAUCAGAACCACCGCCGUCCGCUACAGCCCAUUAGAUUGUUAUUCUUUUCAAUCUAAAUAUGGCAGAGGAGAGUUCAGAGAAUAUUAUUUACCUCCAUGGGGACCUUGAUCUCAAGAUUCUCGAAGCUCGUUGUUUGCCAAAUAUGGACCUGGUAACGGAGCCGUUCCGACGCUGUCUCACAGCAUUUGACGUUUGUGGAAAUCUCUUUAGUUCCUCGCGCCGGAAAAAUCACCAGCAUCAUCACAAGAUCAUCACGAGUGAUCCUUAUGUUACGGUUUGCCUAGCCGGAGCUCGGGUGGCGAGUACGCGAGUGAUCUCUAAUUCGCAGACCCCAGAAUGGAAUGAGCAUUUUAAGAUCCCGUUAGCUCAUCCUGUAUCGCAGGUGGAAUUUCAGGUGAAAGAUAAUGAUGUGUUUGGCGCGGAUUUAAUCGGCGUCGCCACCGUCUCCGCCAAGAGGAUCGCCUCCGGUGAGUUCAUUGACGAGUGGGUCCCAAUUAUCGGAUCCUAUGGGAAGCCUCCGAAACCCGAUACAGCGAUUAGAUUGCAAAUGACCUUCAUUCCUUGUUCCAAAAAUCCGAUUUAUUCAAAUGGUAUUUUGGAGGAUUAUGGAUUGAAGAAGAGUUAUUUCCCAUUGCGCCAUGGGGGGAAGCUGACAUUGUAUCAAGAUGCACACGUUCAGGACGGAAUGCUGCCGGAGAUAGAAUUGGAUGAGAAGAGGAUUUUCGAGCACGAAAACUGUUGGGAGGAUAUUUGCCAUGCGAUAUUGGAAGCUCACCAUGUGGUGUACGUCAUUGGAUGGUCGAUAUACCACAAGGUUAAGCUGGUGAGAGAGCAAACCAAGCCAUUGCCGGAAGGAGGGUUUUUGAAUUUGGGAGAGUUGCUCAAGUACAAGUCUCAAGAAGGGGUAAGGGUAUUGCUUUUGGUUUGGGAUGACAAGACUUCUCACAGCAAGUUCUUCAUUAACACGGCAGGAGUAAUGCAAACUCAUGAUGAAGAAACUCGGAAGUUUUUCAAGCACUCAUCUGUCAUUUGUGUGCUGUCACCUCGAUAUGCAAGCAGUAAACUUAGCAUUUUCAAGCAACAGGCAUGCCUUAAUAUUGCAUUUAUGAUAAUGUUCUUUAUUACUCAGGUUGUAGGAACACUUUAUACGCACCACCAGAAAUGUGUGAUUGUGGACACUCAAGGCCAAGGCAAUAAUCGGAAGAUAACUGCUUUCAUCGGUGGUCUUGACCUCUGUGAUGGCCGCUAUGAUACACCUGAACAUCGAUUAUUUCGUGAUCUCAACACUGUCUUUGAGGAUGAUUUUCAUAAUCCGACAUUUCCUCCAGGAACAAAGAGCCCAAGACAACCAUGGCAUGAUUUACACUGCAAAAUUGAAGGACCAGCUGCUUAUGAUGUGCUCACAAACUUCGAGCAAAGGUGGAGGAAAGCCACAAAAUGGUUGGAGAUUGGACGACAUUUUAAAAGAAUAUCACAUUGGCAUGAUGAUGCUUUGAUAAAGAUUGAACGCAUUUCGUGGAUAACCAGUCCCUCCACAACUGUUCCGAAUGACCAUCCAUCAUUAUGGGUUACCCGAGAAGAUGAUCCUGAAAACUGGAGUAUUCAGGUUUUCCGAUCCAUAGAUUCGGGUUCUUUGAAAGGAUUUCCCAAGAACGUCCAUAUGGCUGAGGCCCAAAACCUAGUCUGUGCCAAAAACCUGGUGAUUGACAAGAGCAUUCAAACGGCUUAUAUUCAGGCGAUAAGAUCUGCCCAACAUUUCAUAUACAUUGAGAAUCAAUAUUUCCUUGGGUCAUCUUAUGCUUGGCCCUCCUACAAACAUGCAGGUGCUGAUAACUUAAUCCCAAUGGAGCUGGCAUUAAAGAUUACCAGUAAAAUCAGGGCGAAGCAGAGAUUCACAGUUUAUGUUGUAGUCCCAAUGUGGCCUGAAGGUGUUCCCACUUCUGCCUCUGUACAAGAAAUUCUAUAUUGGCAGGUAACCAUAAUUCUUGUAUAUGCAUGUUCUAUUCAUGUUACUGAGAUGAAAUAUUAUUCACUUUAUUGUUUGAACUGUACCAUAUAUGAAAUAGAACUUCCGCAGGUGUCAGCUUCACAAAAAUUUGGAAGAUUCAUGAUUUAUGUACAUGCCAAGGGAAUGAUAGUGGACGAUGACUACGUGAUACUCGGAUCUGCAAAUAUAAACCAACGAUCUAUGGCCGGUUCAAGAGAUACAGAGAUUGCCAUGGGCGCUUUUCAGCCUCAUCAAACUUGGGCGAAAAAGAAGGCUCAUCCACAUGGCCAGAUUUACGGAUACAGAAUGUCACUUUGGGCAGAGCACAUGGGAAAUAUUGACGAUUGCUUGAAGGAGCCUGGAAGUUUGGAUUGUGUCAAGUAUGUAAAUCGUAUUGCUGAAACUAACUGGAAGAAAUAUGUAGCUGACGAGUUCACUCCAUUGCAAGGCCAUCUUCUCAAAUAUCCUGUCGACAUAGAUGUUAAUGGAAAGGUAAAUCCGCUGCCCAGUCAUGAAAAUUUCCCGGAUGUUGGUGGUAAGGUGCUUGGAGCUCCAACCAAUCUUCCUGACGCUUUGACGACUUAGCCUCCCUCAUUGUUCUGUAUCCAUAGAUUAUCGGUACCCCUUCGUGUUUCUUCUGAUUCGUAUGUAUAUCAUUUGGCACCCGGAAAUGGGCGGUGGGGGUGGGAGGGAAGAACUCAAAACAUAACUAUAUUUGAGAGAAGCAAAUUCAGCAGAAUACAGGUGCAAGAUUUUAAAGUCAUUGCCUUGUAAUGUAACAUUAGGUAGUGCUGCUAUUGUUCAUAUAUGUGUCUGUCUCUUGGAUAUAUA